AUGCUAAGCAAAGCCAAGAAAGGUUCUCACAUUCGCACAAGAGAUAAUAUGGGGUUUGAAAUGAAAAGGCUUAGGUUUAAGUGUCCCCCAAAGAACUGGGAGACUAGGUCGUGGUCUGGAGAUGGUAGACGGCCAUCAGGAGCACUCCAUGCAACUGGGGUUGCCUCUUGGCUCACUCGAUCGAGCUUGCGGCUCUCUUCCUCCUCUUCUUCAUCGUUGAAAGUGUGUGGCUCCCUUGGCCUUGGAGGAGCUUGCUUGCUCGACUGUUAG